AUGGAUGCUUGCGUCAAGAAAGGGAAUUCUGCAGACUGUCUGCCCUAUGAAUAUUCGGAUCUCCCUUGUUUGGAACAGAAGAACCAGCUCAACCACAGAGCGUGCUGCCUGCUCGGCCCUCCUCCACCGCCCCCGUUCCCACCGCCGCACUUCAGGCAUGGCUGGAGCACUCUGCCUGCCCCAGAUAUGAAGGAGCUGUGUCGGGAGCUCCAGAUCAUAGAGGCUUCCUCUCUGCCCAAAUCAUGCUGCCCUGCAGGGCCUCCUGGCCCCCAGGGUCCGCAAGGAAUUCCUGGUAUUAUGGGACCAAAAGGGGAAAAAGGGGAGAUUGGCAGGCCGGGAAGAAAGGGUAGACCAGGUCCCCCGGGCGUCCCUGGAAUGCCAGGACCAGUAGGAUGGCCUGGACCUGUGGGACAGAAGGGUGAAAAGGGAGAGUUGGGUGUGAUGGGAUUGCCAGGUACAAGAGGACCAAUGGGCUCCAAGGGUUUUCCUGGAACUAGAGGAGAAAAGGGAUCCAGGGGUGACAGGGGUGACAAAGGAGUCAAAGGAGACCAGGGAGAAAUAGGCUUCCCUGGAAUGCUGGGACAAAAAGGAGAGAUGGGCCCGAAGGGACAGUCGGGAGUACCAGGACACAGAGGACCUAUAGGAAGACCUGGAAAACGAGGCAAACAAGGACUAAAGGGAGACAUUGGACCUGCGGGCAUCAUGGGUCCGCCUGGAAGACCUGGUCCUUCUGGCCAGCCAGGCCCCCCUGGACCUUCAGGAUCAGGACAAUUUGCAAUAGGACCGAAAGGGGACAGAGGACUUCCAGGGCCUCCAGGGAGAUGUCUCUGCAGAUCCCCACAACAUGUGAAUAACCCAGUGUAUGAGGAAUCUGUAUUUGGACACAAUUAUCCAAAAGUUCCUGCGAUUUUUGUGGUGAACAAUAAAGAAGAAUUGGACCGGUUAAACAUGGAAAAUGCCCUAGCUUUUAGAAGAGAUCAGAGAUCUUUAUAUUUCAAGGAUACCUUUGGAUGGCUCCCAAUCCAGCUCACGCCUUUCUACCCCGUGGAUUACCGCUUCGGGGAUGGCAGUACCUGUGGAGAUGGGAUCGUACAGGAUGGGGAGGAGUGUGACGACGGCAAUGCAGUUGUGACUGAUGACUGUAUAAGGUGCCGCCGUGCUUACUGUGGAGAUGGCUACAGACAUGAGGGGGUUGAAGACUGUGAUGGGAAGGAUUUUGGAUAUUUGACAUGUAGAACGUAUCUCCCUGGGUCUUACGGAAAACUGCGAUGCACUUCUUACUGCUACAUUGACUCUACACAGUGUCGAUACUUCACAUGA